UCGGCCCAGGCAAAGAGGGGAAAAUUGCGGUGUGGGACUCAAUUGAUCCGGGAUGCAGAGAAGGUGGGAGAUGAUGAUGGACGGUCUGUCUGUGGAAGUCUCCCACUAACUCUAACCGAACAUCAGAGUCUGUUUGAUCACCCAAACAACAUGAGCUCCUCAUCAGGCAACCUUCACCACAAGCGUCUUCCCUCCGAGCCAGAAUGCGGCCAGAGGAUUCCGGAGAUGGACGCAGCCCAGCAGCUGAAACUUCGAGAGAGACAGCGUUUCUUUGAGGAGAUCUUCCAGCAUGAUGUGGACGUCUUCCUGUCCUCGGCACACCUCUCCAUUCGAGACUACGCCAGACCCCCCAUUGGGAGCAUCUCGUCUAUGGAGGUGAAUGUGGACUUGCUAGACCAGAUGGAGCUGAUUGACAUCUCUGACCAGGAGGCUGUGGAUGUCUUCUUGAGUUCCGGGGUGGAAGACAACCUCCUGAACUCCACAAUGCCCGGGAACGGAAACAACAACCCCGAGGGAACAAUCACUAAUGGACUCUUUCCACUUGGCGUUCAGGGUCUUGACCUGAGAUCUCGCACAUCCUCGUCGUCUUCAAACUCCUCCUGUGACAGUCAGACUAACAAUGCCAACAUCGAAAAGACGUGUGGGGCGGCGGUGGCGGAUAAUCACGGCGCCCACAGCAGCGCCGUAAAGCGGACAGUAGCGUCCCUGAAGACUAAGACUAAGACGGAGGCGGUGAAAGAUGUGGCGUAUAGUCUGGGAAAUACCAUAAAUCUUCCAACUUGACACUUGGAACCUGACAGAAGCUUUUCCGAUCACCAUGCAGGAUACAGCUGCGUCAAUUUGAUGCGUGACAAGUUUCAGUAGAUGGCGAAUGCUCCUCAUGAUGAAAAGUCCAGCGAUUGGUUUGGGCUGGCCAGCAUUGGAGUAAAUGGUUCCAACUUCCUGUUUGGCUGCAGCAAUAUGGAAUGAUAGGCCUUAGCAUUAACACUAUUUAACACGUUUGUAUU